AUGGCAUCCGUCGCUGAACUCAUACAGUUUCUGUCGUCCGAGUUUGCAUCUUUGAGCGACAUUACUGACGAAAAUGUCACUGGAGAUGUAGUAUUAAUUAUUAGUAUCGGGAGUGGCUACAGCAACUUCACUUCCAUUUCAAAUGGUUUCACCCCAGCUUUCUUUAGUGAGGAUGAUCCAGUUGAAAAACGUAUUCAGUCAUUGCUUGCUAAACUUGCAACUUUUGAAGAAGAGUGUGAUGAUCCGGAUAUAUGGGAUGAAAUGGCUAAAAUCAACGUGUCGGGAAGACAGCUUUGUAUCCUUCUGUGGUUCCCUAUAGAAUGGGCACUUACUGACUGGUAG